AUGGCGAAUUGGAGUGUGGUGAUGAUUAUGGUAGUGUUGGCGAUAGCUACCAUGGAACAAGAAGCAGAAGGAAGCGUAUGUUUAUUUAAUUGCUUGAAAAAGUGCCGUCACAAGGAUCCUUCUGUUAGAAGAUAUUGUAUCUGCGAGUGUGUUCUAUUUUGCCUUGUCUCCAAGAGCCCACAAGGCGAGCAUCCUUCUGAAAGUGAAUCUCUCUACCAAACUAUGAGCGAAACAUGCGGCGAAGCACCUAAUGCUCCAUCACCAUCACCACAGAUGAAAACAAGCUUUAGAAAAGAGAAACUCAAGAGAGUAGAUGUUCAUGGUUAA